UGAUUUCUACCUACAAUUUCAGAACAUUCUGUCAAACAUUCCAGAUUGGUACAAUCUUGGUGGGCUGUUAAAAUUAGUUUUUGCAACAAAUAGUGCAACAGCAUCACUUUUAUUCCUGCACAGUUUUCAGCACCGGAGGAAACAAUCAUUCACUUGCUAAACGAAUGAAUGAUCCACAGUUUUCAUGUCAGCACAAGUAAACAGCCUAAGCCUGUUGAAGAUGUGAGCAAGCGCAGCAAGAAACGGAAGCACAAGCAUUCUAAGGAACGUGGGGGGAAGAAAGAAGAUUGUUCUUCCGUAUUGAAUGCUUGCAUGGAAAUCCCUCUGGUCAUGCACUCUUCAAUGCUCUCCACUGAUGAAUCUUCAUCAUAUGUCUUCAGCCCUGUGGGGAUGGAGCAGCCAUCUCGAAAGAAAAAGAGCAAGAAAAAAGAUAAAAAUAAAGAUAAAUCAAUUUCCAAAGCAAGCAAGAAAGAGAAAAAAAGUUCAAAGCGCUCUUUUGAUGAGGAAGAUGAGUUACUAGCAGCCAAUAUGGAUGCUGAUGAAUCACGAACUGAAAAGAAGAAGACCUCAAACGUUGAUAAUAAUGAUGAAUCUGAUAGUGAAGAGGAGCGAUGGCUCACUGCCAUUGAAGCAGGCAAACUUGAUGAGGUCGACGACGAACUGAAGAGGUUGCGUAAUCCACGCCUUCUGACAGCGAGACAGCGCGCCCUCCUUGACAAGCAACGGCCUGCUGAUGCUGAUGACCUGUCAGUCAGCACACCUCCCCCCACUGCUGAUGCUGCUGAUGUCAGUGUUCAGGACACAGCCUGUCUCAGUCCUCAUCAGAUUCCACCCGAGCCUUUGGUGGCAUUGCCUUCAGGUUUCAAGGAGAAGGUCGUGACGCGGGAGAUGCUGGAGAAGAGGGCGCUCAAGAGCGAGCGGCGUAAGGCGCAGGCGCUCGUCAAACGUGAGGAAGACAAGAGGAAGACCGUUGACAGAUUACUAAAGAAGCAAGACCCCAAAUUACUGCGGUCAGCUUACCCGAAGAAGGCCGUCACGAGCGAAGUGGUGAUGUUCUCGUACCGUAGCGACGCUAGCGGCGUCUACAUUAGCCUGCCGCCGCACUGCGACUACCCUUUGCAGCGCGCCACUGCGAGAGAGAAACCCAAGCCUGUGAUGUGUGGCGUUGCUGGAUGCGGAAACCUGAAGCGCUACUCCUGCUCAAGGACGGGCGUUGCACUGUGCAGCCUCGCCUGUUACAAGACCAAUCUUGCUGUCACUGACAACCCUACAGCUCGCGUUGCCUGAGCCAGCCUCUAAGCAUUGCCAAAAACCAGUCAUUUUUUGCAAGAGCAUUGCCCCAACCAAGCAUGGGCUCCUGCCAGGAAUUGGCAAAAUCAUUAGACCCGGCCAAGAAUUGGCAUAAGCAUUAGCCUCUGCCAAGAAUUGGCAAAAGCAUUUGCCUCAGCCAAGAAUUGCCAAAAGCAUUUGCCCCAGCCAAGAAUUCGCAAAUGCAUUGGCGACAGUCAAGAAUUGGCCAAAGCGUUGGCCCCAGCCAAGCAUUGGCAAAAAUUGUGUGUGUAGCAAAUCGAGACGAAUGAAUCAAAACUAGUGCCCGCCAAUUUGGUUCUCCGAAAAUGACGUCCGUAGAGCGUGUUUUCGACUUACCCAUUUUUGGGAGCGAUUGGCUGUAUGUCAUAUUAGGCGUGAUUCUAGGUUUACGAAUUCCGCGGUAUGAAAUGUUGAAAAAUUUCCUUGAAGUCCGGCGAAGCAAAGGAAUGAUGAUCGCUUGAAGGCUUGCAUAUUAUUUUUUUCUCUGUGCUGCAGCGGUCUCCAAUAUUUACUCAAUCAAUGGCCAAACUCGGCGGAAUUUCAACUUUCGGUUGAAAGCUGUCGGUUUCUUCAAAAUUUUUAACGCAUGCAUGCGAAGUCUAAAAUUUUCAUAUCCUGGAGAGGGUAGAAAAUUAAAAGGCGAUUAUAAUACAAAUAAAAAUAUGCUGGUGAAAUAAAUUAGACGCAUGUAACACGCGAGACGCGUACGACACGUUUCCUGACGCGAUGUCUCAAGACGUUUGUUAAAAGUCUUCGGCGCUCAUUUGGCCUCAUUCACGUCAGAAAUAUUGCGCCUGCGCAUCAUGAUGCCCUGAGAAAAUUUAAAGAGAUGUCUAAUGCAGGGAUUUAAAUUGACGUUCAAUGGUAUUCGGAACGAAAUCGCUUACUCUCAUUAAUUAGUUCACGGAGUUUUUUUGUGAGAUAACUAGAUUGAUUAGAUGAUAUGAACAUUAUCCUGUAGUAAAGGCUCUGAAUUAUC